GUGACGCAAUAAAUAUGUCAACAUGAUUCCAAUAUUUUUCCGAUGUUUAAUCAUAUAUUUUUUAAUUAAUUUAAUAUACGCUAGACGUCAUAAGCAUUAUUUUGAUACAUCAAAUAAAUUCAAUGAAACCGAAGAAGCAUUAAAAUUUCUAGACGGCGAUGCAAUAAGUCCACUGGAGCAGACUUUCCGGUCAAAGGAGAGAGUAGUGAUCCAAGUGUUCUACGAAUCUUUAAGCCCAGAAUGUAAAACGUUCCACAAACACAUAUUAAUGCCGGUUGUACAAAAAUUAAACAAUAAUAUAAGGGUUAUGACGUAUCCAUUUGGAAACGCGCAAGUAGUAAAUCAUCAAGGGCAUGUGGAGUUCAAAUGUCAGCACGGUCCCGAGGAGUGUUACGGCAACAAACUGCACGCUUGCACCCUCGCUCUGAUGGGCAACAGGACUCAAGCUUUGGUAUUUAACACGUGCAUGAUGAGCCUUAAAGGUCACAGUCAUGGCUCUGAUGACCACUCCGCUGACGUAUGUGGCAAAACAUAUAAAGUGGAUACUGCAUCGAUAAAAGAGUGUGCUAAAUCCAGUACAGGCGAUGAACUGUUUAAAUUUUUCGGCGAUGAAAGCACAAAGGUGAAUUACAGAAACGUGCCGUACGUCCUAAUCAACGGGCGACCUUACAAGGGCGAGAACCUGAUGCGCAACGUAUGCGCCGCUUUCAACAAACCUCCUGUCGUUUGCGGCAAGCUGCACUGAACGUUUAGACAUUUAUAUGUAAAAAUAAUUACUAAAUCUGAAUAUU